CAAAGGAGAUAUGGACUGUGCUGCAGACCAAAAAAUGGGGUCAAGUGCAAAAAUUAAAUGUGACAUGUGCAAUAAAUAAUUAAAUUAUGUAACACUGGAGGUUGGUACAAUGUAAAGUCCAGUGAAAGUGACCUGCUGGUGAAGGUUUUUAUGGAUGGUUGUUUGAGUUCUGCCGCAAAUAUGGCACAAUUAUAUAAUUGAAUAACAUUACAACUUAUUGACAUAAUUGUGUUUCUUUUCACUUUUAUUGUUCAUUUUUGUCUUGUAAGUCCAUUUAUUUAGUAUCUUGUGUCACAUCCCACAGUUAUGGAUGUUUAUGAGUUAGGCUACAUAAACACUUAUUUCUCCCUGCCUCCUGCCUCCAGGCCCCUCCCCCUCAGGGCAGAUAAGGUGGCUUGUUUUGAAGAACAUUUCCUCAUUUUCCCCAGAUUGUCCUCAGCUGAUUUCCCUCUGCACACAGUCAAAAUGUUUUUCUUCGCAAUGUUUUCAGCAACCACCUGGACUUUACUGGCUCUCUUUUUCGCCUUGUUAUUGCUGUAUGGCAUUUGGCCAUAUAGUUUUUUUAAAAAGCUGGGAAUCUCCGGACCAAGGCCUUUGCCUUUUGUUGGAACACUGAUGUACUUCAGAAAGGGAUUGCUUCCCUUUGACCGAGAGUGCCAAGCCAAGUAUGGAGAUGUCUGGGGGUUGUUUGACGCACGAUCACCAGUUAUAAUGGUGUCAGACCCUGAGAUUAUUAAAACUGUGAUGCUGAAGGAGUGCUACACUGUGUUUACCAACCGCAGGGAUAAUGCAGUGGAAGGACCUCUGGAUGAUGCAAUUACAAAUGUUAAAGAUGAAAGAUGGAAAAGAAUUCGGAGCACUUUAUCACCGUGCUUCACCAGUGGAAGACUGAAACAGGUGUUUCCCAUUGUGGCUUGCUAUGCAGACCGACUCAUUGAAGGUCUUGGACAAAGAAAUCUGGAUGAACCCAUCGAUAUCAAACAAUUCGUGGCACCUUACAGCUUGGACGUCAUCACAAGUGCGUCCUUCAGUGUUGAAGCAGACUCCAUCAACAAUCCAGAUGACCCCCUUAUUGUUCAUCUCAAGAAGAUUUUUAACUUCCGUUUUUUAGUUUUCUUUUUAAUAAUGAUGUUUCCCUUUGGUUCACGUCUGUUAAAGUUUCUGGGUAUUGAAUUCGUGCCCAGACACAGUGUGGAUUAUUUCUACAACAUCAUUAAGAGUUUUAAAGAUCAGCAUCACUCAGAUGAAUCUGUUCGAGCAGACUUCCUGCAGGUGAUGAUUCAGAAUGAGAUACCAGAGAUAAAGGAUGGACAAGAACAGCCAAGUAAAGGCUUGACUGAACACGAGAUCCUUUCCCAGGCCUUCAUUUUCAUCUUUGGCGGCUACGAGACCACCAGCAUUACUCUCACUUACAUCCUUUAUAAUCUGGCAACCAAUCCUGAUGCAAUGCAGACCUUGCACGAAGAAAUUGAUGCCAACCUACCGAGAGAUGCUCCUGUUACAUAUGAGAGUCUGGUCGGUCUACAGUACCUGGACCAGGUUGUUUCUGAGUCGCAGCGCUUGAUUCCCACCACACCUCGGCUCGAGAGGAUGUGCAAAAAAACUGUCCAGAUCAAUGGCCUCACCAUCCCUGAAGGAACCCUGGUUGGGAUCCCUUUGUCCAUGCUUCACAGGGACCCACGCUUUUGGAGUUCCCCUGAGCUUUUCAGACCUGAGAGGUUCAGUAAAGACAGUGGGGAGGAGGUGAACCCGUACGUGUACAUGCCGUUUGGGGUCGGUCCUCGUAACUGCAUUGGGAUGCGCUACGCUCUCCUCACAGUGAAGAUGGUUAUAGUCCGUCUCCUGCAGAGUUACACCUUGGAAACAUGCAAAGACACCAUGAUUCCCUUGGAGAUGGAUUGGAAAACCCAGCCCAUUAAGCCGAUAAAACUGCAGGUUGUUCCCAGAGAGCAGAAAAGCAAAGAUCUCUAAAUAUAGGUUGCUUCUGAAUUCCUAUCAAAGUCACUAUUUUGUAUUUGUUUGUUUUUAACAUGUGACUAACAGAAUGACAUUUAAAGUUUGUACCCUGAAACUCA